UGUAGAAGUGUUUCUAUGGUUAGGGGGAGCUCAAAAUCAAAAUUUUAGCCCAAGUCCCCAUAGUUCACAAUUACCUGGUUUUGUGUAUCAGCUGUGUAUCGAGACAGUGCCCCUGUAGGUGGGUCAGCGGUACUGCAUCUCCUCAUGAAUAUUCACACAAGGGAAUGGAAUCGAGGCUUUUGAUUGGCUGAUCGCAAAAAGUCCUCAUAAUUUCGGGUUUUGUCAAACCACUGUGUUAAUCUAAUUACCACAUAAGCGAAUUCAAUCGAGUGAAAAAUGCAUAACAACAACAAUAAAACUAAAAUAAAUCAAUAAAUCAAUUAAAAAGGAAUAAUUACACAACACCAACGCACUUUUGAUGAUCCGGACCUGUCUUCGAACCACUCCCACUUGCUGAGACAGCCACAUGCGGAUCAGUCAUCAAGGAGAAGAGACGUCAGGUAAGAGUUGGGAUCAAAUUUCUAAUAUCCAGUUACACUUCAAGUCUAAAACGGUAUUAAUUUUAAUUUUAUAUUGCGUUGGUAGUAGUUUGAAAUAUGUUUCAGUUAUUAAUCAGUUAAUUUGAUCAUAUUAAUGAUGAAAUCAUUUGCAUUAACGUUAGCAGUUAUAAGCUAACGUUAGCUUUGUUGACACGUGUCUGUAUUUCACAACUUUUAAUUUUUUAAUUAAACGAAUUAUCAUAUUUAUUUCCCGGAACAUUUGGGCAGUGUAAUAAUGGUAAUGAGGUUGGCAUGUGGAUCAGUAUAACGUUAGUUGGAUAAAGUUUUUUUCUAGAUCCCUUUGCAAUUUAGGCCUAACAGUUAACGUUAUUUAGCACCCUGAAGCAUGGUAAUGGUUUCUAACUGAAUUUUUGUUCCUUAGCUAGUCCUUGUUUACGUUUUUAGUUGCCAGUUUUAGUUAAUUAGUAACGUUAAUGUUCCGUAGGUGUCUGUGUAUAUGUUAGUCAAAUUAUAAAUGUAAUGACAACUACAGUUUGUUUGAGAAAAAGAAAAAGCAGCAUGUAAAAAAAAAAAUUAAACACAAGAUCCAUAUUUUUACUGUGUAACUAGUAAAACUUCUUAGUAUUACAUAUGUAUAAUAAUAAUUAUAAUUAAUAAUUUCAUUGUUCAUAACAAAUAAACGUGUAAACAGUUUAUUAUAUCAGUGAUAUGAUAUCUAAAAGUCAUGGUGUAAAGUGAUUAAAAACAUCAUGUCGCCUUUGCAGGAGAUGGCAGCUUCAAGAUCUCGAAGGACCAAAUUAAAACCCAAGGAAGAGGCAGCAUAUUUUUCAUCCAUCCUUAAGGAUAAGGAUGGUUUUGAAAUAAAAUAUAUAAAUGCCUUUAAAGGUCGAGGAGUGUUCAGUUGUCGCCACUUCGAAAAGGGGGACUUCCUUUUCGAAUACAGAGGAGAAAUCCUGGAUAAACAAGAGUAUCAAAGGAGGCGCAGAGUUUAUCAUCGUGCACUUGAAGUAUUUUUGUUUGAAUUUCGCUUUAAUGGGAAACAAUUAUGGGUGGACGCUGCCAAAGAAGAUGAUUCUUUGGGGAGAAUCGCUAAUGACAGCCACAAAAAUCCGAACAGCAAAAUGAAAACAAUCACUGUGGACCGGAAGCCCCAUCUUUGCUUGUUCGCGAUAAAGGACAUCAGUCCUGGGGAGGAGAUAAUGUAUAAUUAUGGGGAUUCUGACUGGCCAUGGAGAAGCAAGAUUUCAUCCGAGACAGAUCCUCAAUUGAGACUUCAUGACACCGCUCAACAGGUGAUAUCUGAGACAGAACAACAGUCCAAUGGUUUUGUCAGCUGUGAGGCAGAUGAUGCAUCAGAGAAGAUUUCAUCCGAGACAGAUCCUCAAUUGAGACUUCAUGACACCGCUCAACAGGUGAUAUCUGAGACAGAACAACAGUCCAAUGGUUUUGUCAGCUGUGAGGCAGAUGAUGCAUCAGAGAAGAUUUCAUCCGAGACAGAUCCUCAAUUGAGACUUCAUGACACCGCUCAACAGGUGAUAUCUGAGACAGAACAACAGUCCAAUGGUUUUGUCAGCUGUGAGGCAGAUGAUGCAUCAGAGAAGAUUUCAUCCGAGACAGAUCCUCAAUUGAGACUUCAUGACACCGCUCAACAGGUGAUAUCUGAGACAGAACAACAGUCCAAUGGUUUUGUCAGCUGUGAGGCAGAUGAUGCAUCAGAGAAGAUUUCAUCCGAGACAGAUCCUCAAUUGAGACUUCAUGACACCGCUCAACAGGUGAUAUCUGAGACAGAACAACAGUCCAAUGGUUUUGUCAGCUGUGAGGCAGAUGAUGCAUCAGAGAAGAUUUCAUCCGAGACAGAUCCUCAAUUGAGACUUCAUGACACCGCUCAACAGGUGAUAUCUGAGACAGAACAACAGUCCAAUGGUUUUGUCAGCUGUGAGGCAGAUGAUGCAUCAGAGAAGAAUUGCAAACAUAAUGUAAUCUCCUCGGUAGUGUCAACCUUGGAUAAAUGUAACAGCUGCAGUGGGCCCUUUUCUGCUUUUAAGUGGAUUAGUGUUAGGUGUAAGGUUUGCUCCUGCUUUUGGCAUAAAAGUUGCUAUGAUAAGCAUGUGAAGCCCAAACCUGACCCUUUAACACCGAAUUCUGAAGAAGAGUUUUCCAGUGAGAACUUGUCUGAUCAGGACUAUUUACCUGAUUCUUUUGACAGUUCAGAAGAGAGCACAGUUUCUUUAGAACUUGAGCAUCCUAAACAAAUCGCGAACAAACAAAAUGUGUCCAGCAUUGAAUCACUUGGAGAAAAUAAAAAUGCCAGGCAAUGUCAAGAGAACCACAUAGUUACACAAUCUCUGCUGAAAGAUCCAGUUCAAGUAUCAGAUGUCCUCAAAACAAAAAUGACUGGUAAUACUGAAGAAAAGUCUACAGAGGAUAGCACAAGAACUGGAGAAAUUCCAUGUGUACAGUCGUCUAAUGUAUCCUCUACAGUAAACAAAAAUAAUUACUGCUAUAUUUGUUGCAAACCCCAGUCAAAAUUUGCAAGGCACUUAAAAAUCCAUGAAACAACAAACAUGGAUGUUGCUCGGGUCUUGGCACUUCCAAAAUGUUCAAAAGAACGCAAACAAAUGUUGGACAAACUGAGGAACAAAGGGAAUUAUGAACACAAUGCUAGGGUUUUAGAGAGUGGGACUGGAUCGUUAAAACUCAGACGGAAACCCAAGAAUGAAUAUAAAUCAGAAGAUUAUGUUCCUUGCAUGUACUGCCAUGCCAUGUUUCUUCGGAGAGAUCUGUGGCGACACAUUCGAAAUUGCCUUUCCAAACCAGAGGAAGUGGAAGUGGAUCGUAUUGAGCCAGGAAGGACCAGGGUCUUAUCUUUGGCAACUAUGUCUAACGCAACUAUGUGUCAACCAAUAUCACAGGGGGUUUGGAAGCUGUUGACUGUAAUGAAGGAUGAUGAAAUCUCUGCAGCUGUCCGGAGUGAUUUCUGCAUUCUUCAACUGGCCCAAUCCUUUUUUAACAGGCACGGACAAGAUCCCACUAAAUACGAGUAUAUUCGGCAGAAGCUCAGAGAAGCUGGUAGACUUCUCCUGAUCCUGCAAAGAGAAUUUACAAUACAGACACUUGAAGAUGCUGUUAGACCUGCAAAUUUUAAUGUGCUUAUCCAAGCUGUAAAGAAGGUCUCCGGCUUUAAUGGUGAAAAGCACACCUACCAGACUCCUAGCCUUGCUCUCAAGUUAGGCCACUCACUGCAAAAGAUCUGUGACAUUGUACAUUGCCGUGCUUUGAUGGCAGAAGACACUGAGAUGGUAAGGUCAACCCAGACAUUUAAAAAACUGUACAGCGCAAAAUGGGCUGAACUUAUUUCCCACACAGCAUUGAAUACUUUAAGUGAGGCGCACUUCAACAAACCGUCCACCAUCCCAUUCACAGAGGAUGUGCAGUGCCUUCACCAGCAUCUUGAAAAGGUUGCAGAUUCAGCAUCUGAGAACCUGAAAAAUACCCAAUCAGCACAAGCCUAUGGGGAACUUUCCAGAGCAACACUGGCAAAAGUAAUUCUUUUCAACCGAAGACGAGGAGGAGAGGUUGCUAAGAUGAAACUAAAAAACUUCCUUGAAAGGGACACAACUCCCCUCCAUGCGGAUGUCGCUGCUGGCCUAACAAAAUUUGAAAAAAAACUCUGUGCGCAUUUUAGUCGGGUGGAGAUAAGGGGUAAAAGAGGCCGAAAGGUUGCCGUUUUGCUAUCACCAGACAUGGUUGAUGCCUUAACACACCUUGUUAGCCGAAGAAAAGAGUGUGGAGUUCCUGAAGAAAAUGUAUUCCUCUUUGGGAGACCAAGUUGUUUGACUCCUUAUCGAGGACAAGAUUGUCUGAGAAUUUAUGCCAAUGAGUGUGGAGCAAAAAAACCUGAAUUCCUCAGAUCAACACAACUACGAAAGCAUGUUGCAACACUGUCUCAGGUGUUAAACUUAAAAAAUCACGAGCUCGACCAAGUUGCAGACUUUCUGGGACAUGAUAUUCGUGUGCACCGAGAAUACUAUCGACUUCCAGAGGCCACAACACAGUUAGCCAAGAUAUCAAAACUGUUACUUGCAAUGGAGAAAGGCACCCUUGCAAGUCUUCAGGGGAAAACACUGGAACAAAUUGAAAUCGAAGAUAACUUGGACUUUUCUGAUUCGGAGCAAAGUGAAGACAGUGAUGCUGAGACACAGACAAUAACAGAAAUGAAUGUUGACCCUGACUUAGGAGACUCAUCUCAAGGAAUGACAGGAAUACACAACCAUGGUGAUGGUAAGAAGCACAAAAAGCGCACCAGGAGGGAAGAGUUUGAUCAAACAGAUGUUGACCCUGACUUAGGAGACUCAUCUCAAGGAAUGACGGGAAUACACAACCAUGCUGGUGGUAAGAAGCACAAAAAGCGCACCAGGAGGGAAGAGUUUGAUCAAACAGAUGUUGACCCUGACUUAGGAGACUCAUCUCAAGGAAUGACAGGAAUACACAACCAUGCUGGUGGUAAGAAGCACAAAAAGCGCACCAGGAGGGAAGAGUUUGAUCAAACAGAUGUUGACCCUGACUUAGGAGACUCAUCUCAAGGAAUGACAGGAAUACACAACCAUGCUGGUGGUAAGAAGCACAAAAAGCGCACCAGGAGGGAAGAGUUUGAUCAAACAGAUGUUGACCCUGACUUAGGAGACUCAUCUCAAGGAAUGACAGGAAUACACAACCAUGCUGGUGGUAAGAAGCACAAAAAGCGCACCAGGAGGGAAGAGUUUGAUCAAACAGAUGUUGACCCUGACUUAGGAGACUCAUCUCAAGGAAUGACGGGAAUACACAACCAUGCUGGUGGUAAGAAGCACAAAAAGCGCACCAGGAGGGAAGAGUUUGAUCAAACAGAUGUUGACCCUGACUUAGGAGACUCAUCUCAAGGAAUGACAGGAAUACACAACCAUGCUGGUGGUAAGAAGCACAAAAAGCGCACCAGGAGGGAAGAGUUUGAUCAAACAGAUGUUGACCCUGACUUAGGAGACUCAUCUCAAGGAAUGACAGGAAUACACAACCAUGCUGGUGGUAAGAAGCACAAAAAGCGCACCAGGAGGGAAGAGUUUGAUCAAACAGAUGUUGACCCUGACUUAGGAGACUCAUCUCAAGGAAUGACGGGAAUACACAACCAUGCUGGUGGUAAGAAGCACAAAAAGCACACCAGGAGGGAAGAGUUUGAUCAAACAGAUGUUGACCCUGACUUAGGAGACUCAUCUCAAGGAAUGACGGGAAUACACAACCAUGCUGGUGGUAAGAAGCACAAAAAGCGCACCAGGAGGGAAGAGUUUGAUCAAACAGAUGUUGACCCUGACUUAGGAGACUCAUCUCAAGGAAUGACGGGAAUACACAACCAUGCUGGUGGUAAGAAGCACAAAAAGCGCACCAGGAGGGAAGAGUUUGAUCAAACAGAUGUUGACCCUGACUUAGGAGACUCAUCUCAAGGAAUGACGGGAAUACACAACCAUGCUGGUGGUAAGAAGCACAAAAAGUGCACCAGGAGGGAAGAGUUUGAUCAAACAGUGAUUUUUGGUGCAGCCAAAACAGAUGAUGCAAGAAGAAAAGUGAAACAGAUGUGGUCUCCAAAAGAAAUUUCAGCAGUAAUGAAACAUUUCCGGAACCACAUUGCAAGGGGUAAACUCGUCAGUAAAAUUGAAUGUGAACAGUGCAAGACUGCGGAGCAUCCUGCUUUAGCUAGUCGCUCUGUGCAAAACAUUCGAGAUUUUGUUCGAAAUCGGGGCGUGUCACUGAAAAGGAAACAGGUGCAACAUUAAGUAUUUUUGGUUUUUGUUCCUGCUGUUUUGUUCUAAUGUGGUAAAAAUGUUUUAAACUUCUUUUGAAGGCUGUAAAUGGAUA